GUAUUGCAUGUUAUGUACUCCAUGCUCCAAAUUUAUAUUUGAAAAAGAAAAGGCAAGUAAGAAAUGGGAACUUGAAUGCAGUCUGCAACACCUUCAACCAACCGCAUGCAAUUUCAGCUGUCAGUAUUUACUUCACUCCGCUCUAUAUAAUCUCUGCUGCACUCUGCACAACUCCCAUCUCACCUCAUUCCUUCCUUUACCUUCUUGUAAAAACAAGUCGAGAGAGAGAGAGAUGGCAAGAGAGAAGAGCAAACAGGCUUCUCUGCUCAUCUUCACCUUGAUCACUGGGCUUCUUUCCCAGAGCUUGGUGAUUCCUGUAAUGUCUGCUGCAAGUUUUCAAGAUAAAAAAUGCUGUAAUCCUUCAGGAGACCCCCAUUCUGGUUCUCACCAUAGCCCAUCACACGGCUCAGGAGGUAGUCAUGGACAUAAAAGCUCAUCCCACGGGCACGGAAGCUCCCCGCCAAGUGACUGUGGAACACCGCCAAGUGGAGGACACUAUGACCCUGCUCCUCCAACGGAUACUCCAACUACCCCUUCAACACCAACAUAUGGAAGCCCGCCAACUAGUCCUACCAUCGACCCAGGCACCCCUUCAACCCCAACAUACGGGAGCCCGCCAACUAGUCCAUCAGUAGACCCUGGCACCCCCGCAACCCCAACUUAUGGAACCCCACCAGCAACUCCUACAGACCCGGGAACUCCAGCCGUUCCCGGUGUUUCGUCCCCUCCAUUUUCAUUCAAUCCAAACUCACCACCCUUUCCAUGCACUUACUGGCUCAAUCAUCCCACAUUGAUAUGGGGUUUGAUUGGAUUCUACGGGGCAACUCUAGGCGGAGCAUUUGGCCUAACCAGCAACGGCUCUCCAGCCGCUGCUGCUUCGCCAGUGGGUCUGCAACAAGCACUCUCAAACACUCAUAUAGAUGGCAUUGGGGCGCUCUACAGAGAAGGAACCGCUGCUCUGCUCAACUCACUGGCGAUUACAAGGUUCCCUUUCACAACCCAGCAAGUGAGAGAUCGUUUUGUUUCCGCUCUUGGGUCCAACAAGGCAGCAUCAGCACAGGCGCGUGUCUUCAAGAUGGCUAACGAGGGCAGGCUCAAGCCCAGAACCUAGUCCAUAUAUGUGUUGUUGCAAUUCACUACUACGAUUUUUCACUACAGUGCAUUUUAUUUGGUGGUCUGUUUUAAUAUUUAUUAUUAAUCAUUCGAUGUUUUAUUAGUUAUUAUGUUCAUUGUUGAAUUAUAUAUUGAAUUAAUGCAGCAUGAUUUUGCCA